AUGGUAGGAAUCAGUUGCUUUGUAUCAGUACCUGUUGCGGGAUCGGUCGGGAAACGCGCUGACCUCGGUAGUGGCGCGGUGUGUACACGGGCCUUGCUUGCUAGUGGCAGUAAAGCGCCGCUAUGGCGCCGACACGCCCUCGGAACGGUGCAGCAGGGCGUUGGGUCUGGACACCACCACCACCACCACCACCGCUGCAGCUACAGCUACAGCCGCCGCAGGCCUCUGGGUUCGCUUCGGCCUAGGAUGGCGGUUCGGGAAGUUGAUUCACAAGAGGAAAUGGAACGCAUCCUGUCGGAAGCGGGGAACAAGCUCAUUGUUGUCGAUUACGGGACCACCUGGUGCGGGCCGUGCAAACUCAUGGAACCGAAGAUGGAAUCAUGGAGUGAGGAGUACACCGACGUGGUGUUCUUAAAAGUGGUGGGGGAUAAGUCCAAGGAAACAUCUAUGAUGAUGAAGGCCGCUGGUAUUCGCAGCGUACCGAGCUUUCAUUUCUACAAGAAUGGUGACCGCGUGCUCACGAUUAACGGCGCCAAGGCCGAAGAAAUCCUCCGUGGCAUCGAAGCGCACAUGUGA